ACUAUGAACCUAGAGCCGAUUGUAACCGGCCCGCAGGACAGUUCAACAAGAACUCACAAUAUUAAGUCUUUACUUUGACAUUUUUUGCAUCUAAAAUUGAUACAACUUAUACAUUAUAUUUUAAAGGAUUUUAAAAUCUUUUUACCUGUCUAAACUGACUAUUUUUUACAAUUUAUUAUUUUUAACUUAACUUCAACUACUUUUCAACCAUGAAUUCAAUCAACGAACCUUUGGAAAUAACUGGCAACGAGUUGGUUCACAUACUCAGGACCCCCCGGGAUCAGUACACAUCUGCAGGGUGCGUGGUGCUGGACUGCAGACCAUUUCUCGACUUUUCCUUGGCGCACAUCUGCGAGUCCCGAAACGUGAACUGGAACGCCAUGCUGCGUCGUAGAUCCAAGAGUUCAGUGGUGGCUCUGGAGUGGCUAAUUCCGGACAAGGCGCUCAGGGCCCGGCUCCAGAGUGGGGAGUUCUCCCCGGUGGUGGUGGUGGAUGAGAGAAGCAACUCCAUGGCCGAGCUGAAGGCGGAGAGCGUGGCCCAGAUGCUGCUCACCGCCCUGCAAAACGAAGUUCACACGCAGAUCUGCUUUCUGCAAGGUGGAUUUGGGGCAUUUUCUGCGGCCUACCCGGAGCUUUGCUACACUUCAACCAUCAAUCACUGCGCAGUGGAGCCAGAGCCAAAAGUGACAGGCCGGAGGACACCCGCGUAUGAUCAGGAUGGUCCCGUGGAGCUGCUACCCUUCUUGUUUUUGGGCAGUGCCAUCCACUCGUCCCGCAGAGAGACUCUGGCUGCAGCCGGCAUCACAGCUGUGCUCAACGUGUCCUCCACCUGUCCCAACUUCUAUGAAGGGGAGUUUCAGUACCUGCGACUCACUGUGGAGGACACACUGGCUGCAGACAUCAGAGCCUGCUUUUCCGCCUCCAUCGCUUUCAUUGACUCGGUGAAGCAGAGCGGUGGAAGGGUGCUGGUGCACUGUCAGGCAGGUAUAUCCCGUUCAGCCACCAUCUGUCUGGCCUACCUCAUGCACACUCAGCGUGUCCGGCUGGACGAGGCGUUCGACUUCGUCAAGCAGCGGCGUCACGUCAUCUCGCCAAACCUGGCUUUCAUGGGACAGCUGCUGCAGUUUGAGACUGAUGUUCUGUGUCAGGGAUGAAGGCACAAAUCCAUCUGUGAAAUUUAACUGACUCUCCUGCCUCUUGGCAUAUUGCGUUGGACUCGCUGCACUACCGGGACUCAAACCACAUGCAUAAAUGUGUUGUUGGUACUGUUGAAAAGUUUACUUUGUACGUUUAGAAGAAAGCUAAAUGUGUUGCUGGCAUCACAUGGUUGCAGUCAUAUUUUGAAAAUGCCAUAUUUUAGCAAUGUAAACCACAGUGUCAUGGAAACAUUAUGAACAACUGUGAUUCUGAGCCAGCUAGCUGGAACAGCUAUGAGGUAAUUUCCCUGACGUUAUACUUGAGUGGAGUUGUGCCUGCCUGUUUGGUUUGUGUGUGUGUGUGUGUGUGUGUGUGUGUGCGUGCAGGUGUGUUAUUUUGUUUGACUUCUGUGCCUGAUUGUUUGGAAGGGCUGACUUAUUUUCAUACACUUUUAACCACUGUGACAUGACAUGUCUUUUGUAAGGAAACACUGUGUUAUCUUCUUAUAGCAAUAGUUCAUUAUUCUCACGUUUAGAAAGUUAGAAAUGCACUUACCACAGCUGGUAUCAUUCUAUAUCCUGAGACAGAUUGGUACACUCAAACUGGAAAAAGUUGUUUUUGUUUUUUUUUAAUUGUGUAAAUAUGUUUUGUUAUUUAUUUCAGUAUUUCUUAUGACAGUGUUACUGACAUCAAUAAUUCUUACUGCACUUUAUACCUUUGGCUUCCUGCUGUUUUUCCACUGAAAUAAAACAUGCUGGAACAUA